AUGAAGGUCAACGUCAUCGCUGCUACCAUUCUUGCCGCCCUCUCGGCCGGCGCUUUCGCCCAGGACCAAGAGGCCGAGCGCCCCACGGGUGUCCCCUCCGGCUUCCCCACCGCCUUCCCUACCGGUGGACGCCCCACCCAGGUCCCCGGCGCCGCUAAGCCCUCCGGUGGCUUCGGCGGUGGUUUCCCCGGCUUCGGCAACGGCGAGCGCCCCUCCGGUUUCCCCUCCGGCCUCGAGGGUGCCCGUCCUACCCAGGUUCCCGGUGCUGCUAAGCCCUCUGGAGGCUUCGGUGGCGGCUUCCCCGGCUUCGGCGGCCACUCCGGUUUCCUGACCCGCACGCGUGGCUCUUCCGAGGAGGCCGCUGGCUUCGGUGCCCAGGCCGCCGAGACCCCCUUCCCCACCGGCACUCAGUCCGGCGGUGCUCGUCCUACCGGCAAGGGCAAGGGCAAGGGCAAGGGCAAGAACCACGGCACUGGUGCUCUCCCCUCGGGCGUCCGCCCUACCCAGGUCCCCGGCGCCGCCAAGCCCUCCGGCGGCUUCGGCGGCGGCUUUCCCGGCUUCGAUGGCGAGCGCCCUUCCGGUGCUCCCUCUGGUGCCGCCCCCACUGGCGCCCCCGAGGCCGAGCCCACCUCUGCCUAA